UUUUGAAUGCGAGGAGGCAUCAUGGAUCCUCUCCAGAAGGGGCCACUCAACGACACGCCGGGCCUCGGGCCCGAGCCGUCCCCCGACGAGGUGUCGGACCUGGAGAGCAUGCUGCUGUGGACCCUGCACGAGCCCGGCACCAUCGCCUUGACCCUCAUGUACAGCUUGUCCUUCCUGCUGGGCGUGGUGGGCAACCUGAUGUCCCUGCGGGUGCUCACCAACCGGCGGAGUCGGCGUCUGGCGGGCGUGAGCGCCACCCGCAGCCUGCUGGUCAACUUGGCCGUGUGCGAUCUGGCCGUGGUGUGCGUGUGCAUGCCCAUCACGCUGGGCAGCCGCAUCUACACGGCGUGGGUGUACGGCGACCUGCUGUGCCGCGCCGUCCCCUUCACGCAGGCCGUGUCGGUGUCGGCCAGCGUCCUGACGCUCACCGUCAUCAGCGUCAACCGCUACUACAGCGUACGCUCGCCGCUCAGGGCGCGCUCCAUGUUCACCCGCCGACGCAUCCUGGCCACCGUGGCCGUGGUGUGGGCCGCCUCGUCCGCCAUGUGCGCACCCAUCGCCGUGGUCAACCGGCGGCAGGAGAUCAACUUUGAGACCUUCUCCAUUCUGGUGUGCCAGGAGGAGUGGCCCAAGCAUCGCCUCAAGCAAGGAUACAACGUGCUGCUGUUUGCGAUGCUCUACUGCCUUCCCGUCACCUUCAACCUGACCAUCGGCUUCCUGACGGGUCUGCGUCUGUGGGGCGGCGCCCGCUCGGCCUUCGCCGACCUGGACCCGCGUAGCCAGGCCCUGCACGCCUCCCGCCUGAAGAGCCGGCAGAAGAUCGCCAAGAUGGUGGUGUGUCUGGUGCUGCUGUUCGCCGCUUCGUGGCUGCCGCUCUACGUGGCCGAUUUGUGGAUCGACCGCGAGCUGCGCCCGCCACCCUGGCUCCUCCAGACCCGACCGUUCGCCCAGUGGUUGGGCCUGACCAACUCCAGCCUCAACCCCAUCUGCUACUGCUUCAUCGGGGACCUCUACCGCUCGGCCAAGGUGAUCCGGACGCGCUACUAUCAGAAAGUGGCCGCCCUCUUCGGGGGCGCCUCAUUCGUCAGUUCGGGGGCGGAGGCGUCCCCGUCGGCGCCCGCCGCUACCGAGCGGGACCACGUGGGAGUCGGCGUAUCCGAUUCGGUAGCCGCCGUUCCGCGCCUGCUGAUCAAGGAUCUCGGCCAGACGGGGUCCAACAACGGAUCGGGGCACAGCAUUUCGGACUGGUGCCGUUCUAGCCCGAGCGUGUGCGAAACUAGCGGCGGGCUUUUCCCCUGCAGGUGGCGCCCUUUUGACACCACCCCGGAUUCCUCCCUCGGCACCUUUCCAUUGGACUUUCUGCCGUCGCGGAGACACUCGGCCCACGAGAACUUUGGGCCCUUCCUCCUGAGGUUGGAAUCUGGAAUAGACUGGAAUCUUCCUGCCAGGAGGCAUUCGGUCGUCCGCCAAUCGGCUGCGUGUUGAACACAAUGUUUCAGAAGCCAUCAAUCACUCAAGGUAUUAUUUGCUGCAUUGGAGCCCGCCUCCUCAUUGCGCCGCUGGAAAAGUCCAAAGACAGCAAAGAUACGGCCCGCUUGGUCAAAUCACAAUCAAGCAGCUCGGGGGUCGUUACCCCCGAGAAGGGAAUCUGCUGAGAGUAGAACCGGCCCAUGAACGUUGAGAAGAACACGCGUGAGAGUUGAUGUUAAAAACGGGUUUUAGCGCCGCAGAUGACGCUCGAGCAUCCUUAAGGCGCUCGCUCUCUGCUGGCGCGAAAACGAAAGCUGUGGGAAAAUGGAUUGAUUUUGGAAAGAUCCCAUCAAGCAUCACGCUUACGUUGUGUCUUCAUGGUCACUCCAAAAGAACCUCUCGGGGUCGUAGAAAAUGGAUUGUUUUGGUCAAAUGGUAAAGUCUCACAAUGAGUCUUUUAGCCCCCGCCGAGUUCUGAAAUGAUUCGACACGGUUUUUGGCGCCGGCGUCCCAAAGGAGCUUUCUGGGCGGCACUCGAGCAGAUAAAAAAACGUGAAAGCUGAUGGUGACAUUCUUCUCCUUUCAUCUGCCCGAAAAAUUUGCCCUUUCGUCAACAAUGUGUGCAGACAGCUUUUUUUUUUUUUUUCCUUGGUCAGAGUCUUGGUCGCAGUGUGGACAGCAAGCAGCUCGUGUGGUUUGAUCCGCAUUUUUCCUGUACGGCAGCAUGAAAUUUUGUCGGUCAAAAUAAAGGAAACGCACUAACGA